CAGUUGCAGCAGUUCGCACUUCCCAGUUCCCACCCCCGGCCAAAUUGAAACUCUUGUCGUCCUCACCUGGAAGGAACCCCCCGAACACACGCAGCCAUGGCGAAGCCUAGCGGCGGCGGCCUCCUCGACCUGGAGCACCACUUCGCCUUCUACGGCGCGUACCACAGCAACGCCGUCAACGUCUUCAUCCACACGCUCUUCGUCUGGCCCAUCUUCCUCACCGCGCUCCUCCUCCUCCACCUCGCCGCCCCCUCCGCGCACGCCGCGGCCGCCGGCGCCGCCGUCUACGGGGCCUUCUACCUCCUCCUCGACCGCCGCGCCGGCGCCCUCGCCGCGCUCCUCUGCUUCCUCUGCUGGGCCGCCAGCGCCGCCCUCGCCGCCCGCCUCGGCUUCUCCGCCGGAUGGAAGGUGGUAUUGGUAGCUCAGCUGUUCUGUUGGACUAUGCAGUUCAUUGGCCAUGGUGUUUUUGAGAAGCGAGCGCCUGCCCUCCUUGACAAUCUUGUCCAAGCUUUCUUGAUGGCUCCAUUCUUCGUGCUACUAGAGGCUCUUCACAAGUUUGUUGGGUACGAACCGUAUCCUGGCUUUCACGCCAAAGUGCAGAAGCUGAUUGACGAGGCCCGCAAGGAAUGGGAGGACAAGAAAGCGAAGAAGAUGACGUGAAGUGUGAUUUGGAAGUUGGCAACCCCCAUACUGCAGAGGCGUCUUAAUCACGUGGCCAUUUGAUAUUUUGAUUAGACGGAACUGUGUUAACAUGUCGCUGCCAACAUAUUGCCUUAUUUAUGUUGUAAUAUAUAAAGAGUUUUAUGCACUCUCUUGUCUGAUGUGUAUACGUUACUGGAGAAUAUAGAAUUCUGAUGAUGAUUGUGAACUGUAUUAGAAAAUAAAUACAGGAAAGUCUUUUUACGGUGGUCUCUUCUGUACUGGUACUCUACUAUAAGCUGGAAAAAUAUAUAUGUAGUGCAAAUAAACAUGUAAAGUACCGUGGGGAUUAAAAAAUUAGAUGUACGAGAUUUUUUCA